AUGGCGCGAAGUCGUAUGGCCAAGGUUGGAGCUUGUGCCCAAUUAAGGAUACCUUGUAUGAAUUACUCAACAUAUUCCCACAUGAACUUCAAAAAGAAAAAUAACAUAUGUGGUGGAAGCUCCAGCAGCGGUGGAGACACGAUACCUCCCUUAAAGUCAGGAGCCUCCGAAUCAGAGCCCACCAAAGUUGAGGGAGCUGUGAUUGGUGCAGUGGUUGACGUGCAGUUCGACAAGCAUUUGCCACCUAUUCUAAACGCCUUGGAAGUUCCUGGUCGAAAACCUCGGUUGAUCCUGGAGGUGGCCCAGCACCUGGGCGAGAGGACCUGCCGCACCAUAGCCAUGGACGGCACCGAAGGCUUGGUCCGCGGCCAUCCUGUCACUGACACCGGCGCGCCCAUCACCAUCCCCGUGGGUGAGCCGACUCUUGGGCGCAUCAUGAACGUCAUUGGGGAGCCGAUUGAUGAACGCGGUCCGAUCAAAACGGACACUUACGCGCCCAUACACGCUGAAGCGCCACCCUUCACAGAGAUGUCCGUCGAACAGGAAAUCCUCGUGACCGGCAUCAAGGUCGUCGAUUUGCUCGCGCCGUAUGUCCGAGGUGGUAAGAUUGGCCUCUUCGGAGGCGCCGGCGUCGGGAAGACCGUUCUCAUUAUGGAGCUGAUCAACAACGUCGCGAAGGCUCACGGAGGAUACUCGGUGUUUGCGGGCGUUGGAGAGCGAACACGCGAAGGUAAUGACUUGUACCACGAGAUGAAAAUUGGUGGAGUCAUCACGGAUGAUUACAAAACUUCUAAGGUGUCGCUGGUGUACGGGCAGAUGAACGAGCCGCCGGGCGCGCGCGCGCGCGUGGCGCUCACCGGGCUCACGGUGGCCGAGCACUUCCGCGACAAGGAGGGGCAGGACGUGCUGCUCUUCAUCGACAACAUCUUCCGGUUCACGCAGGCCGGCUCCGAGGUGUCCGCUUUACUGGGUCGCAUACCUUCGGCUGUGGGCUAUCAACCCACCCUAGCCACUGACAUGGGCACCAUGCAGGAGCGUAUCACUACCACGAAGGCCGGAUCCAUCACCAGUGUCCAGGCAGUUUACGUCCCGGCGGAUGACCUAACCGACCCGGCCCCGGCGACCACGUUUGCACAUCUGGACGCCACCACGGUGCUGUCGCGAGCCAUCGCCGAGCUGGGCGUCUACCCAGCCGUGGACCCGCUCGACUCUACAUCUAGGGUCAUGGACCCUAAUAUCAUCGGACAGGAGCAUUACAAUGUAGCGCGAGGCGUCCAGAAAAUUUUACAGCCUAUAAACACACUUCUCAACGAAAUAGGACGAGGUGAUCUCGCAUUACAAGAUACCGAUAACGAAGCCAUUCAGGCUCUGAUAAAGUUUCUAGAGAAUUUUAAGAAAAUCGUUGAUAUUCUAAGUUCAGAAACCCAACCUACUAUGAAUCUGGUUCUAGUAUUUCGGUCAGAAGUGAAAAGAUUGCUUGAAGAAGCAAAUGAUGAUGAGCCUCUCGUAAUAGCUAGGCUCAAAAAUAACAUGCUCGAAGGUCUGGAAUCCCGAUUUCUUUUAACCGAUGUGGUCGUUGCGGCAACUUUGCUUGAUUGUAGAUUUCAUGCCAUUCAUGAAAUUGAUGAAUUCAUGCAAAAAAGAGAAGUCACUAAGGUUUCAUUCAUAUCAACAAUGGUAAGAAGUCGCUUGACAACAGAAGAUAUUCGUCAAAAUGAAGUUAUUGAUUCCGCUAAAGCUGGGCCGAAUUCUUCUGCUAGUUCAUCAAACUUUUUACUGGAUUUGGCGCGAAAACACAGCACCACUCAACGUGAUUCCGGGAGUGCUGUAGAAAAUGAAUGCUGGAAAUAUUUCAGUACAGCAUGUCCUGAAGAUUUAGAGCCUUACGGUGGAGAUGUUCUACAGUACUGGAAAGACAGGAAAACUUCUAUGUCAUCACUGUAUGCUCGUGCACGCUCAAUUUUGAAUAUACCAGCCACCCGCACGCCGAGCGAGAGUAUUUUCCACAACUGGACUCGUGAUAACCCCAAAACGUUCACUACUAAAUCCUUUGAGGCUAAAUAA